UCAAGAGAAUCUCCUCCACAAGUUCUCCCACCCCCAUCACCAAGAUUUGGCAAACACACCUCCACUUCUCCAAUGCCAAGUCGCUCUGGUUCAACAACACCUCUCAGCUUGCGAAAGAAAAUUGUUGUACCAACUGAUUAUCAAGACACAGUGCCAGGAGAGUUUGAAGAAAAGGUUAAGCAGCCAAAAUCUGUGUCCCAAAGUAACAACCAGGACUCCCGACCACAAACUCCACUGAGUGACUACUCCAGAAAAGAAUUUACUCCCAGACCAUCCCCAAAGCUGACCAGGGCAAGUUCAAAGGUCUUUGAGAAGGUCCGAGGCUUAGAAGAGCGUAGACGAAGUCUUGAUAUUCCAGAAGGAUCCAUUUCAGGAAGAUCCUGGGCAGGUUUCAAUCGUGCAGGGUCUGUCGAUUCAGAUGAUGGGGGAAGUCGGCUAGGCAUCUCUAGAGAAAGUUCAAGGGAAGAUCUGAGAGAGGCUUUGAAAGAGGAUGCUGCUGAACGGAGAUCUAAUUUCAGACAGAGAGCAGCUUCCCUGGAAGAGAAACCUCGUUACACACAAAAAGUUCAGGACAUUGAGAACAAGUUCACUGAAGAGCUCCAAAGAAUUAAAAAACUUGUCGGAAAACCUCAUCUGAAGAAAUCAUUUUCAACUGAACAGCUCACCCUAAGGGGCAGACAACCUCUGCCUUUCAGGAAAAUUGAACCUAUUCCUCCACAGGUCCUUCAAAGGCUUCAAGAAAGGGAGCGUGCCCAAUGGGCAAAAGAACAGCAAGAGAAAGGAUUAAAUCAGCAAUCAGUGCAGCAAGAAUAUCAUAAAACCCAACCCAAAACAUCGAACAUUAGUCCACCAAAUGUCAUGGUCAGUAGGUUAGGAGAGGUAGCAGGCACCCCAGAGUCAAUGCAGUUGUCUGAUUUACCGGGACAACGCUCCGUAAGAGAGCUAAGUAGAGUCAGCCCUGUCACAGAACUUAUUCAGAGAUCAUCUUCACCGGCAUUAUACCAUCAACGAAGGGAAGAGUCGCCAAGCAGAAAUGUUGCUGAAAUGACGUUACGCAAGGUUGAACGUAGGCCCCCAAGUCCACUUGUACAAAGGGUAUCUCGAAUGCAAGAGUCCCAGCACAUUCAAGAAUCUCAUAUGCAAACCUUACAAAAGGAUGACACAUCUGGAAGAAAGACACCAAUAGACAUAGUAGUAAGAAAAAUUGAAAACAGACCAGAGAGUCCACUGGUAACAAGAAAAUCUGUCAUUGCACAAGAUUUGCCCUCUCCGCCUCCUCUCAAACCCCCCAGGAUGACCCCUGUCACUCCAACUGAGGAAAAAAUGAAUGUAGAGCUUCCCAUAGCAGCCUCCAUAAUAAAGGUCCCAGCAAUUGUCGUUGAAGAUGAAAAAAUGGAAGCUGACCCUGUUAAAAAAAGUGAGCCUCUACAGACAAGUGCGAAGGAUGGAAAACAGCAAAAGACCAAAGGAAAGAACCGUCGGACGCGACCGAUGUCUCCAGAGUUAGAUUCUUCAGAUGAUUCCUAUGUGUCUGCUGGUGAAGACCCAAUGGAAGCCCCCAUGUUUGAGUUCUCCCUCCAGGACACUGUGGCAGUUGCUGGUGCAGACGUCUUACUAAAAUGUAUUAUUGCCGGCACCCCAACCCCUGAAGUUACCUGGACAAAAGACAACACUGAAAUCACCUCCAGUGGAAAUGUUGCAGUCAAGGUGGAGGGUGAACGACACAGUCUGCUCAUCAAAUCGGCUAAAGUUAGUAACGGUGGAAAAUACUGUGUAACUGCAGUUAAUCAGAUGGGCAGAGCAUCCAGCAGCGCCACCCUGACAGUGAAAGCAGAGUCUGUACAAGAAUCUAAAGGAAACCUGAGAAUACCGAUGGAAAUUAGCAGCCCAAUCACAUCUGAUGAGGAGUACCUCAGUCCCCUUGAGGAGAGCAUGGAUUAUGGGCCAGAGCCUAGAAGUAUAAUCGACACACGCUUUAAACAACCCCCUGCAUUCCUGGUAACAAUGACUGACCAAGCUGUCAUUGAAGGACAGGAAGUCACCAUGUUUGUCCGAAUAAGUGGACAGCCCAAACCCAUGCUCUAUUGGCUGAGGGACAGAGUCACAGUGAAAACAGGCCCACGUCACAUUGUGGGUGAGACAGAAGAAGGAACAUUUGAGAUGAAGAUCAAAUCAGCCGUCAGAUCCGACUCUGGGAUUUACAUCUGUAAGAUCAUUAAUGAGUACGGAACGAAGCAGUGUGAAGCACGGCUGGAGGUCAAAGCCCCCCCAGUGGAGCCGGGCCUGGCCAUCAUCCGCCCGGUCAGGGACAUCACCGCCAAGGCUGGAGAUACUGUUCUGUUCGAGUGUCACAUCAUCGGACCCAAAGACACUGACGUGGACUGGCUCGCAGAUGGGAAACUGAUCCAACCUGCUCUGCUCAACUGUAAAAUGCACUUUGAUGGAAGAAACUGUCGACUGCUGCUCAACUCUGUGCACGAGGACGACAGCGGGACGUACAUGUGCAAACUGAGCACGGCUAAAGAGGAAAUUACCUCAUGUGGUAAACUCAAAGUCAUGCCCUCGGUCGAACCUCUGUUCACCCGUAAACUGGAUGUUCUGGAAGUGAUCGAGGGUCGUAAUGCUCGUUUCGACUGUAAAGUCAGUGGGACACCCGCUCCUAAGGUCAUCUGGAGUCACUUUGACCAUCCACUCACAGAAAAUGAAGACAUCCGCAUUCUUCAGGAGGGUGGUCGACACUCUCUAAUCAUUUCUCAUGUGACGAAUGAGGAUGAAGGUUUCUACACGGUCAUCGCCCGAAACAGUCACGGUGAAGCGGAAAGCUCGGCAGAACUCUACAUCCAAGAGCCACGCCCUGCCAUCUCCUCACAGAUGGCUAAACUGGAAAAAAUGCCAUCCAUCCCAGAGGAGCCAGAGGUUCCUGAGAAUGAGGUGGAGCGUUUCACCAUGCCUGACUUUAUCAAACCCCUUUAUGACCUGGAUGUGAUUGAAGGAAAGGAGGCGGUGCUUAAAUGUAAAGUCGCUGGUUUUCCGUACCCAACCAUAGUCUGGUUCCAUAACGGUAAACGGAUUGAGAGCACUGAGGACAGAAAGAUGACUCAAUUCCGAGACGUCCACAGCCUCGUCAUCCGCUCCGUAUGCCACGCCCACGGCGGUGUCUACAAAAGUGUCAUUUCCAAUAAAGUUGGGAAGGCCACCUGCUACGCCCACCUCUAUGUCACUGAUAUCCUCCCUGACCCGCCUGAUGGGACGCCAGUCAUAGAGUCCAUCACUGGUAAAACCAUGACCUUAAGCUGGAAGAAACCCAGAAGGCUGGACCCCUCCAUUGAUCCCAGCUCUUUGAUGUACGCUAUCCAACAACAAGCCCUGGGCUCCAUCCAGUGGACCAUCAUAGCCUCUGGCCUAAAGGAGACCACCUUCACCAUCAACACCCUUUCCAAAGGUGUACGCUACUCCUUCAGAGUCCUCACUAUCACGUCCAAGGCCUUCAGCAAACCCUCAUCUGCCACCGACCCAGUGCAGCUACUGGACCGAGGUCCUUAUCUCCAGGAGGCUCCAGUGAUCACAGAUAAACCAGAUAUUGUAUAUGUGAUGGAAAACCAGUCAGUCACCAUCACCGUCACCUUAAACCAUGUGAAUGCUGCUGUCCUCUGGAAAAGGAAGGGCGUGGUUCUGUCCAACAGACCGGGCCUGUAUGAGAUGACGAUGCCUGACGAUGACCAGCACACGCUGAAGCUGCUGAAAGUCAAGAGUGCUGAUGUUGGAGAGAUGAUGUUUGUAGCCUCCAAUAAACACGGCAGUGACAGCUGCACGUUCAGUGUGGAGAUGGCAGCUCCGCCCACAUUUGAAACCAUCAUGGAGGACCUGGACGUUUGUGCUGGGGAGACCCCUCGUUUUGCUGUGGUUGUGGAAGGAAAACCCAUUCCUGAUAUCCUGUGGUUUAAGAAUGAUAUCUUGCUGUCGGAGAGCAGCCAUUACACAUUUGUGUAUGAUGAUAAUGAGUGUUCCUUGGUGGUGUUAAACGCUCGUCCAGAAGACUCUGGGGUGUACACCUGCACCGCCAGGAACCUGGCAGGGUCUGUGUCCUGUAAAGCUGAACUCACCAUUCAUGAAGCUAAAAUUAAAGAGGAACCAAUGGACGAUGAGGAGACGAUUCUAAGGAAAAUGCGUAGACUGACUGACUUCUACGACAUCCACAAAGAAAUCGGACGGGGUACAUUUUCGUACAUUAAACGUGUGACCCAGAAAGCAGGGAAAAUGGAGUAUGCAGCUAAGUUCAUCUCCACAAGAGCCAAGAAGAAGGCGUCUGCUCUGAGGGAGAUGAGACUGCUGUCCAAACUGGACCACGAGAGGAUCCUUUACUUUCAGGACGCCUUCGAGAAAAAGAAUGCAGUGGUCAUCAUCACUGAAAAAUGCCACGAAGAGCUGCUUGACAGAUUUACAAAGAAAUCUACAAUAAUGGAGUCAGAUGUACGUUCAUGUAUGAGGCAGCUGCUUGAAGGAGUGGACUACCUUCAUCACCUCAACAUCUUACAUCUGGACAUCAAGCCUGAUAACAUCCUUAUGGCCGAUUCACAAAGUGACCAGAUCCGGAUCUGUGACUUCGGUAACGCAGUAGAGGUUACACCUGAUGAGGCCCAGUACUGCAAAUACGGCACACCUGAGUUUGUUGCACCUGAAAUUGUCAAUCAGACCCCAGUAUCAACAGCAACUGACAUCUGGCCAGUUGGAGUUAUCACCUAUCUGUGUCUGACAGGAGUCUCUCCGUUUGCCGGGGAAAACGACCGCAGCUCUGUUCUGAACAUAAGGAACUAUAACGUGGCCUUCGAAGAGAGCAUGUUUGCAGAUCUGUGCCGUGAGGCGAAAGGUUUCAUCAUCAAGCUGCUGGUGGCAGAUCGGCUGAGACCUGAUACUCAGGAAUGUCUCAGACACCCCUGGUUCAAGACUCUUAGCAAAGGGAAAGCUAUAAGUACAGAGGCCUUGAAGAAGUUUGUAUCACGCAGAAAAUGGCAGCGUUCUUUAAUCAGCUAUAAAUCAAAGAUGGUAAUGAGGUCCAUACCGGAGCUGUUGAACGAUACGUCCAGCCAUAUCUCCAUCGCAGUCCCAAGGCACCUUAAAGAGGGCUCGCCUUUGCCAUCAUCAUCUUCAGACUCUGAUGAAGACAUUGAUGAAUUACCCUUCAUUCCAAUGCCACUUAACAUGGAAUUUUCUGGAUCAAGGAUGUCACUUAAUGAAAUCCAGACCAAUGAGCAGGAAAAAGGGAAACAGAAUGGAACGGGUAAAUGGUCUGAGUCUCCUGUCCAGGAGUCAUUGGAGUGUGAACCCAUGGAAACAGAUAAAGAAGAAUUAACAGGUAAAGGACGCCUGAGGAAAAUGUCAUCCCAAGACAAUGACAGAGGUGCCUCUGGGGAAGAAACUCCUGCUGAUCUGCCACAGAAGUCAGAGCUGUCAAGGAAACCUCUGCGUAGGGGUUCGAGCAUGGAGUCAGACAAACCGGAGGGUGGGCGUCGAAGAGGGGAGCUGAGGCGUGGGGGCUCGGCCGACAGCGCACUGCUGCUCCGGAUUACACCUGAGGAAGGAGCUGGAGAGGGAAACCCGGACGAAGGCAAAAGGGUUCUCAAAAAAGCUGUUUCUAUGGAAUUACCCAGGAGGAGCACCAGCCCAGGAACUGCCAUGAUGAGUCAAGAAGAUUACGCUCUAAAAUUGGAGUUGAUGAGACAGAGGCUGCUUCGUGGUGGGAAUGUGGACAACAAGAUGAGUGGACUGCGGGGCCCUCUGUUGGAGACAUUAGCAAUGGGAGAUGAAAAACGUGCUAUAUUGUCAGAUCGCUAUCCCCGAAUUGCUCGUUUGGGUCCACCUCCACUAAUUAGAGCUGCGUCCAGUGACUCACCAAGAGAUGAAGCUCCUAAACCCAAAGUGCUGCGUAAAAGUGCUUCUUUCAGUCAAGGUGAUUCAGAACCCAUAGCUUUACACCGCCGUUCAGGAGCUCCUUUGGAAAUUCCCCUAGCAACCGUUGAAGAGAGACGACUUAAGGAAGCUAUAUCUAUGUCAUCUCUUACUGAGCAAACAAAGUUCGACUCCCGUCCAGUGACCCCCAGAGACCCUUCACCAAAACCACCAACUCCAGAAUCUCUAGUGCAGGACAGUCCCACCAAAACAGAAAGUGAGGAAUCUUUCAUGGAUAGAGAGCCAAAACUUGAUGAGACUAUAAAUGAAAAAAUGGACGGUCUUACUACAGAUAGUAAUUUUGAUGAGAGAUCAAGCACAAGUGGGUUUUCAGAAAAGGACAUGAGCAUAUCAGAAGAACCAAUGAUGGAAUCAGAGUUUAUUAGCCAGAGAGUCCCCACACCUCCUCUUGUGGCUCAAAACUCUGGGCAACCAGAGAAAAUGGAGGAAGAAGAAGCAGAAAAAGAGCAAGAAGAAAAGGAAAAGGUAGCGGAAGAAGUAACGGAAAUAACUGACAGAGUUGCUGAGACAAGUGCUAAAGAGAAUGUAGAGAUAGCCAAAGAAAAGGUAGAAGAGGAAGUAAACAUGCCUGCUAAAUCAUCUGAGAUGUUCAUAGCUACUAGUUCUGUUUUGUUGAGACCAACAGAAGAAUAUCCCAAUGCCCCUGAAAAUGGUGCGUCAACCUAUGUAACCCCCUCGCCUGCUCCAAAAACUGUUCUUCCAGAUGGUAGGACUUCAGCUUAUGCUAGUAUUAUGCAGACCAUAAUGGUCCCAUCACUUCAGCCUUCUCAUGAAACACCUUUAGACCCCUCCUCACCCAUUACCGCUUCAGCCAGUUCAACGUCUGCAGCAUUAACUGAACCAUUUGGACCUACAUCUUUGACUACCGCUAUGUCUUCUGCUAUACCUGGUCCACAGCCAAUCAUCAUUUCAACCACUGAGCAUCCUGCUGUGUACUCGAGGGUGGCAUCACCGGAAAUGAUAACUAAAGAGCCCAGUCCACCAAAGACUGCCACACAUUCCUCUUCACAGCAAGACCUCUCAGCAGGAGCUGAGUUUGAAGACAUUACCUCAGAAGAGGUAUUUGAAGCCCGGUUCAAAAAGCGUGAGUCUUCCCUUUCAAGAAGUCUGAAGUUUCUGUCCCGAACAAAAAAUGAAGACAAACCAACUUCCUCAGACUCUACAGAAACAGGUGAAGAGAUAUAUAGACCUGGGCCAAUUGGUGCACCACUUGAACUGGCACCAAGGAGACUUGAGGAGAAGUCAAAGUCAGUACAGGAUCUUCGUGAGGCUCAAAAGGACCAAGGUUUCAUGAGAAGGCUUUCCAUGCGCCUGAAGAGAACGCCAUCAGCUGAGCGCAAAGAUGAAAUGACUAAAGAUCAAGAUUCAUUUGCUUCCAGACAUAGACUUUCCUGGACUCUUGGUUACAGAGGGUCACAAAAAGAAAAAGAGGUGGAGAUGGCGUCUAUGGAUGGUGGAGGUGGUACUUCUGUGGAAAAAGAUGAUAAGGAACUUAAGAAAUCUAAUGAAUCACCAGUCUUGGCAAUGCGUAGGAAGAUCGAAUCAACAGUGGCGGGCAUUUCUACCAGAAUUCGCAGUUACUCGGAGGAAAGGAGAGCAUCAGAGGACAAGGACACAAAGAGAACACCCAUUCUCUCCAUGCUUCGCCGUUCAACAUCUGAAAGCCGUGGUUUGAAGGUUACUAGUGUUCCUCAGAACCAGUUGGCAUCUCAGGCUAGUAAUGGUGCAUCAUCAGAGUCUUUGGACUCUAUGUCCAGCCUGAAAUCAGAUACAUCAAAAGGUAUUGAGGGUGAACGUAGAUCUCGCUGGGACCGGUGGGGCCUGACAAGAGGCAGGCGAGACAAGACGGUGUCACAGCCUGAUAUACCAACAGCAAUCUCCAGAGAAAAUAGUUCCCUACGUUCACGCCAAUACUCAAAAUUGGCCUCUGAUUUCCCUCCGGUGUUCCAUAUUAAACUGAGAGAUCAUGUCCUACUGGAAGGGGAUCCGGUCACCCUGAGUUGUCUACCAGCAGGCAGCCCCCAUCCUCACAUCUCCUGGAUGAAGGAUAAGAAGCCUCUGGAGAUCGAUGCCAGAAUGAACAUGAUUGCCUGUCCUGAUGGCCGACAGCUGCUGAUGAUCAUGCAGACCACCAAGAAGGAUGCAGGAGUUUAUGAAUGUGUUGCUAAAAAUCCACUGGCGACAGUGUCCAGCUCCUGCACAAUCUCUCUUGCUCGUCUUCCUAAUCGACCGGGUACUCCUGAGGUUCCUCAGAAGUACAAUAACACAGCCUUGGUCCUGUGGAGGCCCUCAGAUACCAUGGCACCAUGCACAUACUCUCUGGAGAGGAGAGCAGAGGGUGAGACCAACUGGUUGAUCGUGGCCACGGGGGUUGCUGACUGUUAUUACAAUGUGGUAGACUUGCCAGCAGGAGGUGCCUUUAGGUUCCGGGUGGCAUGUGUUAAUAAAGCUGGGCAAGGUCCCUACAGCAACUUGUCAGAAGUUGUACAGAUAGAUAUGUCAGAACCAGCUAAAUCAAGUGCUACUGUUGUGGUCAAAACUGUUCCAACGAGUUCUGCUCCUGCCCCCGUGGUGGUGAAGUCGUCCAUGACAGUCCCCCCGAUGAAACCUGCUCCAGCCAAAUCCACCUCGGUGACGACAUCCCAGCCUGUUCCGGCCCCGGCUGUGGCCCCUGCUGUGACCCCUGCUGUGACCCCUCCUGUGGCCCCUGUUGUCGCCCCUGCUGUGGCCCCUGUGGUCGCCCCUGCUCCGUCUGUAGCCAAACCUGUGUCUCCAACAGCUGCCAAACCCCCCGUACAGGUCAGCACCCCUCCACCGACCACCACAGCUCCCUCUGAAGCAGCUGCUGCUCAGACGACCACAACGGCCAAAUCCAAGUCCACCCUCAGCAUCAGUGUGAGCAAACCCCCAACCAAGCUGGCUCCUCCCCCUGUUGUCCCGCCCAAGCCUCAGAGUCCCGCAAACGUAGUCUCCAGCACCGUGACCACCAGACCCCCGUCUCCUGCCGCCGCUGCCCCUGGCCCUGCCAUCGGGAAACCCAUUUCUUCUGUUCCCAUGUAUGUACCGGCCGCAUCCGCUCGAGUCACUCCACCCUCUCAGGCCACUCCCACGCCAACAACCAGCGCACCCUCUGUUACCACGGCGACCGUUUCUUCACCUGUGGUAGUGGUGCAGAGCCUGACGCCUGUGUUGCAAAGUGGGGAUAGCCGCAGUACAUCAUCGGGAUGGACCACCCCAUCAGGAAGGGUAACGCCUUCAGGACGCAGGACGCCGUUAGGAAAGGCAGGAGAGGGGUCUCUGCGCCAGGGAGUUCCCCAAAAACCUUAUACUUUCAUGGAUGAAAAAGCAAGGGGGCGCUUCGGCGUGAUCCGUGAGUGUCGGGAGAACGCCACAGGGAACCUCUUCAUGGCUAAGAUAGUUCCAUAUGAGGCGGAGAACAAGCAGGCGGUGCUACAGGAGUACGACAUCCUCAAGUCCCUUCACCAUGAGCGGAUCAUGGCUCUGCAUGAGGCCUACGUCACACCGCGCUACCUGGUCCUGAUCUCUGAGUACUGCAGUGGGAAGGAGCUGCUCUACAGCCUCAUAGACCGGUUCCGAUAUUCGGAGGAUGAUGUGGUGGCCUACGUGACGCAGAUCCUUCAGGGUCUGGACUACCUCCACACACGGAGGAUCCUCCACCUGGACAUCAAACCAGAAAACAUCAUCGUCACCUACAUGAAUGUCAUUAAAAUCAUUGACUUUGGCAGCGCUCAGACCUUUAAUCCUCUCUUCCUCAAGCAGUUCAGCCCUCCGAUCGGAACACUGGAGUACAUGUCUCCAGAGAUGUUGAAGGGGGAUGUGGUGGGCCCUCCAGCUGACAUCUGGAGCGUGGGCGUUCUGACUUUCAUCAUGUUGAGCGGCAGGUCGCCAUUCAUGGAAAAUGAUCCUCAGGAGACUGAAGCCAGAAUCCAGGCAGCAAAGUUUGAUCUGUCAAAACUCUACCAGAAUGUGUCCCAAAGUGCCUCUCUGUUUCUUAAAAAGAUCCUCUGUAGCUACCCUUGGGCCCGUCCAUCCAUUAAGGACUGCUAUAAUAACUCGUGGCUUCAGGAUGCCUACCUGAUGCGCCUUCGUAGGCAGACUCUCACCUUUACAACUACACGUCUCAAGGAAUUCUUGGCCGACCAGCAACGAAGGCGAGAGGAGGUGGCCACCAAGCACAAAGUUCUCCUACGCUCCUACCAGAGCUCACCGCAAACUCCCACCAGCCCGGCCACGCCGAAUGUGCCAACUACACCUACCACACCUGCUGCCCAGUAAAAAAAAAAACAAACACAACCGAAUUCCACACAACAGGGAAGAGCAGCGUCCCACUGAGACAAGACUGUGUCCCUUCAGAUGAGACUUAAACCAACUGCAGUGGCUGCGAUCCACAGACACACAGCUGUUUGAUUCUUAUUCUGAGUCUGAAAGAGAAUUUUAAAGAACGCCUUCAUUCUUGAGAAACUCUUUCAAAGACUCCAGAGUCUGACACUAUUUGUAUUUUUUUUUAAUAGGGUGGACCUUGUUCAUACGAGGCAGGGUCUUGUCUUGAAGUUAGUACCUCAAGGUUUGUAACUUUGCAUAUAUUUUGGAUAAACAACUUCCUUUCUUACUUUCAGUUCUACACAAUUAGAGGAGACACAUAUGAACACCGCAGAGGGUCUGAUAUUCAUGUGAUUUUACAAUUUUACUAUUGA